GGCAGUAGAUCGAGCGCCGCGACGCCACGACGCGCACAGUCGCGGCUCGAACGCCGUUCACUGCGAACGUGUGUCGCGCUCGUCCUCGGCGGCGCGAAUGACAUCUCGCCGAACUUCGAGCGCAAUGGACACCUUCGUAGAGGCAUGGAUGGCUGCUAACACGAAGACGGAUCAAGUACAGAGCCAAGCGUUGGCAUUGACACACAAGGCCUCGCCGCCAUCGAGACCGAGCAGUGUGUCCUCGUUACCGAGGAGCCCUCAGUCUCAUCAGUCUCAGCAGUCGCAGCCGCAGAACACACCCCAACCCCCGUCGGUGCAUCCGCUGCAAUCGCAGACACCUCUCAGUGCACCCCAGACCCCCUUCUCUGCGCACAAUCAGCAUCCGAAGCAAGAAAUCAGCGCUAGUCCCAAGCAGGAGGGUUUCGAUCUCAGCAAAUCCGCCUCCAGCACAGCGAAAAAUCUGCCGGUUCAUUGUGUAGUGGAGACGAUUCACAAUAUCGUGGAAAGUCAUGUGAGCAACAGUCGCGAAAAAUGGCGAAGUCCUCAAGUCGAGACAGACUCUUACGUUAUCAUUCCAGUAGCUAUGCCCUUUCAGGAUUUGGUGGGCGAGGCUCUUGUUCGUUUAGGCUAUUCCAGCGAUCUGAUACCGAGUGCCAGAGGCAGCAUCGUUAUACGAAACUGGAAACCCUUGCCGAUGGAAAAAGUCGCCGAUGGCCCGUUAUUAACAGUAGGAGACAUCCUGGCUGAAUUGACAUCGGUGGCGACCCUGAAGAUUCAGGUGUACAGAUCAAGACCGCCACCUCCCAGCCCGGCUGCUGAAGUGCGAAAUAAACUGCUGAGGUUGUUACUGUUGCACAGCCAUACGCUUCUCGUCUCCGCAGGAUGUCCCUUGGACGAGAUGACUCUGCUGUCCCUCUGCAGAGGCGGCAACGACCUGUCGGAGGAGACCAAGAGAAACUUCGAAACGUGGCUGCAGCAGCAACAGAUAGGUCUCGGUAUAAAUCCCAUAGCGCCGUCUUCUAACCACCAUCAUCAUCAUCAUCACCAUCACACGCAGAGUCCGCAACCCGACAGCGGCGGCACGAUCGCGCCCAGCGCCGGCGGCGGCGGUUCCAUCGGGCCGCCGCAUCCGGCGUUGCUCCAGUAUUCGCACAAGACCAGGAUGAGGACCAGCUUCGACUCGGAGCUCGAGCUGCCGCGCCUUCAGCGCUGGUUCGCCGAGAACCAGCAUCCGUCGCGCGAACAGAUACAGCACUACGUCGCGGAACUGAACUCCCUGGAGUCGCGACGGGGCAGAAAGCCGCUGGACGCGAACAACGUCGUCUACUGGUUCAAGAACGCUCGUGCGGCGCAAAAGAGGGCCAGCAUGAACGGCUGCAGCCCGCCCGGGCUCAGCCCGAGAGGCGCCAGCCUCGUCAGCGAGGAUUGCACGGAUGAGGAAGAGGACACCAGGCAGCAGUCGACGUCCGGGUCUCCCUGUCCACCGAGCAGCCCACCGGUCGGUCCUCUAUCGUUGACCACGAGACCGGAAGACCAGCAACAGCCGCCUACGUCGACCCCAUCCUCGGUGAAGCAGGAGGACGCGAGGGUGUCAUCCGGUUCCGAGGACGACGAGACGAGACACACGGGCCCGAUCCCGCCGGGAUUCUCCCUGGUGCCGAGCCCCAUGUUCGGCCACGGCAUAAUGUACAUGUCGCAUUAUUUGCCGCCGCGCGGGCCAGCCGGCUGUCCCACCAGCAUGCUGGCCGACGAGAGGAGGAAGAGGAACCGGACGUUCAUCGAUCCCGUGACGGAAGUGCCGAGGCUCGAGUAUUGGUUCAAGCGCAGCACACACCCGAGCCAUGCGCUUAUUCUCUCGUACACGGAGGAGCUGAACAAGAUGCCGUAUCGCCAGAAGUUUCCGCGUCUGGAGCCGAAGAACGUGCAAUUCUGGUUCAAGAACCGCAGGGCCAAGAACAAGCGGCUGAAGAUGGCUCUGUUCGAGGGCGAGUCGCCGCAACAGCAUCCAUAUCACGCAGAUUAGUUAAUUUCCUUAAAAUAAUUAGAGGGACAGAAGCGCGUGGAGCGAACAACGGAACGCGCCGAAAUAAAGGGAAAUCGUUAAUCGACCUGUUACUCCUUACUAUCGUUGACACGCUGCGUCCUUAACGCUAACCGGCCGCAGCUCAUUCAUUGUAAUUAUCACGUAACAAUUAAUAUAAUUAUUAUGGACUUUCAUGAAUGUAAAUACGAGAUGAUGUCGAAUAAAAAAUAUACGUCACCA